AUGGCGAAAUCAUCAUCCAUAAGCGGAAUGCGAAAACUGGUCGUCGCGGCCACGCUGACGGUCUUCACCUGUUCCCAAGGCUUACUCAUGGAAGCGUCAAAAGUACGGGGCAAAUAUCCGUACAAUUCCGCGGUCGUCCCGUUACUCUCGGAACUGGUGAAACUGAUCUUAUCGAUUUUACUGUUACGCAGAGCGAGAGCACGAGACCCGGCGGGAACGAUCAUGACCACAGACGUGAAGUCCGUGAUGUUGUUCCCGAUACCAUCGAUCAUAUACGUGAUGCAUAACAACGUGCAGUUUUACACGAUGGCGUACGUGGACGCGGCGACGUACCAGAUUUUAGGGAACUUGAAAAUCGUGACGACAGGUAUAUUGUUUCGGUUUGCCUUGGGGAGAUUGAUGACUCGGACGCAAUGGAUCGCGUUGUUGUUGUUAACGGUUGGCGCGACGGUGAGUCAAAUAUCCGGGUGCAAAGGGGAGACCUUGUCGGCGCCGAUGGCCGGGUACGCGUUAGGCGUUUUGAGCGCGUGUUUGAGCGCCACCGCGGGGGUGUAUACCGAGUUUUUGUUGAAGAAGAACAACGACAAUUUGUAUUGGCAGAACGUGCAGUUAUACGCGUUUGGGGUGGUGUUUAACGGUUUGAGGUUAACCUGGGACGAUUUCUUCGGCGAGAAUAGCGGAGGGAACUGGUUGUUCGAUUGUACGAACGGGUUUACCGCGAUCACGUGGUUAAUCGUGAUUAACUUUUCGUUUAGCGGAUUAUUCGUCUCGUGGUUGCAAAAGUUUGCGGACACGAUCGUUAAAGUCUACGCGACCAGUUCGGCGAUGUUGCUCACCGCUUUGUUGAGCGUUUCCUUCUUCGGAUUAGAGCCGAGCUUGCAAUUAUUUUUGGGCAUCACCAUCGCGUGUUGCUCGCUAGUCUUAUAUUUCAUGCCUCCGGAUUUGCCGAAAGAGAAAGGCAUGGGUGUUUUGCCAGUCACGAGCGGCGGUGGUGUUAAUGGUGACGGCAAUACUAGCGGUAGCGCGUACGGCGGCGGCGCCACGCCGAGAGGCGGCGGCUCCGGCGGCGACAAGCUGAACUAA